AAAUAAGAAUGGAAUUGCUUUCAUCACGGCGUCACUCCGGAGGAUCAGGCUUCCAGGUAUACCUGACGUAGAGGAAGUUGAGCAAGCUUAGCCGAGCCAGUACCGCCACGAUUAGGUUCAUUGUCGGAUGAUUCUUCACGGCCGAUUAGGCGAGCUCCGCUGGUUCCGACGUCGUUUUACGCCUAUUUACGUUGGUUUUAUCUUUUCCUCCCUCUUCGCCCCGCGCGUUCCUACCCUAUCUGGUACUUCGAAUUCCGAUACCAGUCUUGGGAGACAUAUCCGUUAUGGUUGAACGAGCCCCGAAGGUCCCUGACGGCGAUUGGCCGUCUUUCCAGGGUUCCUUCCAUUUACUCACAGGAUGCGUUUCGUUCUGUCGCCAUUGCAAGGACAACAAAGUCUUAUAAGAGGUUUAAGACGUCCUGGGCGGUAGGACAGUUUUCCUUGAGUAGCUCAAGGAACGACAACGUCCACUUGACUCUUUGUGAACUGCAUCAGGGUUCUAAGCCUAUCGUGAUAUCGUGGACCAAGGUGGUUGGUGGUAGACGGCGUCGAAGAUUUAAGUGUUGAGAAUUCCGUUUGAAGUUCUCGCGAAAAGUCGGACGUCGUCUCCAGGGAAGAUGCUGGUACUCCAGAGGAUGAUCUUGCUGGUGCUCCUAGUGGCACGGUAUUCAUCAUGUUCGUUCGUGCCACCAAGCCUGGGUGGAGUAGCUUCCUCGGAGUCAGGACUCUCACUCUCGGACAUUACCCAGAGGAAGAGCGGGGCGGAGUACGUGGCUCUGGGAAACGGAAGAACCGGAAGCGAGGGUGCACAUGGAUAUGACAAGGGCGAGGAAGCAGCUCAUGGAGUGAAGCAAAACGAUGCACGGUACGACGAGCGAGAUAACAGUCAGCGAGGAUAUGACGUGGGAAAGCAGAGUCUGGGACAGGCUCAAUCCUUUGAUCAGGGUAACAAUCAGUUCGAGCAGCAUGGUGCUGGACAGUAUAAGAAAGGAUUUCACAAGAGCGGAUUCAGGAAUAACUAUCACAAGGACGAGUCAGGGGACAAGGCGAGCUUCUAUGAGGAUAGUGACGACGAGAAGGGUCAUCGUGGGUUUGACAAUAGAGGCGGACACUAUGGGCGAAGAGCUCAGGAUGGCUUUAGGGACGGACGGUUCGACAAUGCAUUUACUGGGAGGAACAGAGCUCAGCAAGGACUCUACGACAAUGGCGCUGGGUACAAUAAUCGACGGGGUCAUAAUGGUGGCUAUGAUGACAAUAGAUACUACGACGAUAGGAGGAACUACCUGCAUGAUGGCGCUGGCCGCGUUUAUGACAGGAAUGGAAAUGAGGCGUAUUAUCGGCGGGAUGAACGACCGUAUCAUCACCCACUGAAUUAUGGAUCUGCUCCUCUUGUCUCUGGACCCCUUUACUCUCGAGAUUAUCUCGACGCACCGCCAGCAAGGUACUAUGCGUCCUACUAUCGUCAGGAACCUCCUCCAUUACUUCCAGACGAUGCGUUCCAUGCACCCGGCUACGAAUAUCGAUAUUUUCCUGAGAGGCGAGAUUACCACAGGGCUGAAAUCUAUUAUCCUGAUAAGGGUGGCUAUGGUCAUGGUGAUUAUUAUGCUGUUGGAUACAAGAGACCUUAUGGACGAGCCUUGGACAUCCAUCCAGGAUAUAGAAGACCUUAUUAAAUUGUCUUACCCCAUUGGCAAGAUCAGUCUAUUUCACAAUCAAACAUUGGUGAUUCAAUUAAACCGAAAAACUGUUAUCUCUUCUCUUUCUUCCAUUUAGAUGCUCGUAGAAAUUCCUGACGAGUAACCAUGCUUCCGGUCUCCUUUAGAUUUAAUUAUAUGUUUAAAUAUACCAGGAGAUCCAGCAUCGCCAUAAAUAUCGGGUACACAAGAGUCUCUGUAAUAAAAUUUAAUUAUUCACUACUGCAGUGAUCUCCAAGUA